CCCCCUUCCACUCACUGGUUUUUCAGAGCUAUUUUCCAAGCCGAAGCUGGAAUCUUCCGCCACCCGUCUGGACCAGGGAGAAAGCCUGAACCUGUGGUGCUCCAUUCCAGGAGCACCUCCAGCCAACUUCACCAUCCAGAAGGAAAAGAUGAUUAUGUCAGAGUCUCAAAAUUUCACCAGGAUCGCCUCAGCGAGGGACAGUGGGACAUACACCUGCAACGCAAGCAUGGGCAAGGUGGUCAAGAGAAGCAGUGGAGUCCAGAUAACCGUGUGUGAAAUGCUCUCCAAGCCUAGGAUUUUUUAUGACUCCAGCUCCGAGGUGAUAAAAGGACAGACCAUCGCAGUCAGCUGCCAAUCCAUAAAUGGAACCGUGCCUAUUUCUUACCACCUUUUAAAAGCAAAUAACAUUUUGGAGAGCCGUGACAUGACCUCAAAUGAGCCUGCAGUAUUCAAAGACAACCCAACGAAAGAUGUAGAAUACCAGUGUAUUGUGGAUAAUUGUCACUCCCAUACCGAAAUGGCCAGUGAAGUUCUGUGGGUCAAGGUGAUAGGUGAGUUGUUGUGCUGUGGGAAGAAAUCCUGUGGUUUGGGGGCUUUACUUCACAUUUUCAAAGGUUUGGGGUUGCCCCGGGGGGUUGUAUGCACAAGUGGGUGGUACUUGUGCAAAGGCCAUAAACAUGUGGCAGCGCGGGCCCAAGGCCUAGGUAAAUGGGUCCAGAAGAUAUCUGGUGGCUCUUGGUGUGGCCAGUGACAUCUCUUUGCAGAA